AGUAAAUUCACACAGUAAAAACUCUUUGUAAAAUAACAAUGGGGUUCGGAGUGCAUCGAUUCCCCAGUGCAAUAGACCAGAACCUGUUGUGUGGUAUCUGCAGUGCUGUCUUAGAGGACGCAGUGCUCACACCGUGCGGUCAUUCAUUCUGCAUACGAUGUCUACAGACGUGGCUCACCCGACCGGGAGUGAUCUCAACCUGUCCGGAAUGCCGAACAGAGACAGGCUCAAAUGAUAUCCGACCUAUUCACUCAAUUCGAAACUUUAUCAAUGGAUUAAAUAUCGAAUGUGAUCAUUCUGACAGAGGCUGUAAGGCCGUAGUGCAUUUGGAGAGGAUGAAAGCACACCUGGAAACGUGUAGUUUCGUUCCAGUUGAUUGUGCAGGAUGUGGCGUGACGGUAAAUCGAUUUGAGUUAGCCGCUCAUCAGAUGGGAUGUGCUAGUAUACAGGCCGCUGUUGACGAAGAUCUACCUGGAGAGAAGCCACAAAGCAUAAUACCGAACGGGGCUAACUCCUCAGAGGUAACUGAGCUUGCUUGCAGGGUCGCCACGCUUGAGAUGCAAAUGCGACGCAUGAAAAAAGACCUCGAACUUGCUGAACUGAAAAACAAACGUCUUGAUCGUGAACUGAAACAAACUAAAGACGACCUGGAAGAAAAACGUACUCAACUUUUGGACCAACAAUACGUAGAUUAUGAUCCUGACUAUGAAUAUGGCUACGCUCCAUACACAGUCGCUAAACUUGCCCAAAUUAUUUCCAAAUUCCUCCAUAAGAAGCCUUCCUACCUGGACAAAGAUAGAACAUUCGAUGCAAUCAAGAGGUGCUACGAUAAUUACAGCAGGUGCGGAGAUAAAUACGAACAAGAUGUGUUGAUGUUGCUGGCCACAGCUAACGCCAGUAAUUGGUUUGAUAAUCAACAACGCUUGAAUUUUCAUUGCUGGUUAUCCAGUAUAGCAAGAUAUAGACAAUUUGCUAGGAGUUUGUCUUUUGCUGGUAGUUCAUCUUCAGCAAAUCCUAAUACGAAUAUUACGAAACAAGCACGUUGAAAUACGAGAACUUAUCAAUUAACUUCAUCAUUUAUAAUUAAUCAUAAUAUGCACUGUAAAAACUAUUUUGAUUUUACCAACCAUUCCACGUUAGCUUUCUUCAGGUUUCUUGGUUUGAAGCAAGACUAGGCUUU